AUGUAUUUUCUCUUAAGAAAGACAUUAAAUUUCGACAACUUCAAGGACAUUAAGCUUGAUUUAGGAGAUAAAAUAAACACAAACGAUAACUUAUGUUCAUUUGAAGAGAAUGAAGUAUUUAAUUUUUUAAAAUAUAAAGAAUCAACUUGCAGUAAAUUAGAUAUAAAUUCAACAAAUAAUUCUGAAAGUACCUUAUCGUGUGUUCAAAAAGAAUUAAAACGAAUUAAUACUUUAAAAUGCUAUUUAAAUGAAAUAAUAAAUUUGAGUGAUGAUGACAAACCAGAUUUAGGUGCUAUCGAAAUAAAUAAUGUUAAUGAGAAAAAUGAAAAUAUUUAUAAACAAAAAGAAAUAGAAACUAUAGGAAUACUUAAAAAUAGUGGUAAACACACAAAAAAAAUAAACAAACUAUUAUCAAAUAGUACGUUUUGUAAAACAUUGUCUAAAAAAAUAGAUAAGAAUGAAAUUUUAAAUAAAGGAAGAUUUUUAAAAAAAAUUAUAUUAAAUUAUAAUUGUAAGAUACAUAAUAAACAAAAUCCUAAUAAAAAGGUUAACAUAUGUAACUUUAAGAUAAUAAGAUGUAAAUCUAAUGCUUACAUUUAUUAUUAUUGUUAUUAUGGUGAUAAAUAUUCUUUAGAAAAAAAAGAAAUUAAAAAUCUAAGGUGCUCUUUAAAGAAAAGAUAUAUUUAUAACGUAUGUUUAAUAAAAAGAGGAAUAAAAUUUAGUAAACUAAAUGAGAAAUACAAAAGAUCCUUUCUUAAUGAAAAUUUUAUUGAAAAUAACAAAAAUGAAUAUUGUUUUAAUAAGGCAAAAUUAUUUUUAAGAAAAGAUGAAAGCAACCUAAAUAAUAAAUUAAAAAAUUAUGUAGAUAAUAAUACAAAGAAUAAUGAAGGUUUGUUAAAUGAAAAUGUCAUAUUGAUUAAAACACAAAAGGAAUCUAACCAAAAUAUUAAUAAUAUUUGUAUGGAAGCAAAAACAAAUUAUUUUCAACCAUGGAUGUAUAAAAAAAAGGAAUUCAAAGUAGGAACCUCUACUUAUAUAAACACAUGUGAUAUGAAAAAGACAAACCAUGAAAAAGAUAAUAAAAAAAAAAGUGACAAGUAUUAUUAUAAUUCUCAUUUUAGUAAACUUAAUAAUGCAGAAUAUAGAAAUUAUUAUGUUAAAAAAGAAAAGAAUAAUGGAAAGCUUAAUGAAUUAAAUAAAGUAAGAGAUUCUAUCAAAAGUAGAUCAAAUUUGAAAAAUUUCAAUCUAAGUAUUUUCAGAAGAUUUAGUACUAAUAAUCAUUGUAAUAAUAAGAAUAAUUUGAAAGAAAAUGAUCGUACACGAUUUCAUUUCCUUAGUAAUAAUAUUAAUUAUUAUGGAACAUUGAUUAAGAAGAAAGAAUAUAUAGAAAAAAGGAUUACAAAGAAAGAUAAUAAUAUCCUUUUAUUGAAUAAAAAGGUUGUUAUACCAAAUAAAGAAAUGAAAGAAAUAAAAGAUAAAAUAAAAACUGCAUUGAUUAGUUUAAAUACCAUUAAAAGGAAUAAUUAUAAAUUAAAAUUUUGUCUAGAAAAAGAAAUUCUAGAUAAUACUAUACAACAUAAUGAAUUAAAAAAAAGUAUAUGUUCCUUGUUUAGUGAUAAAUUUUUGCAAAGAACAAAAGUUGAGUCUAAUGAGUAUAACAAAGAAGAAAAUGAAAAAAACAAAAAAUAUGACAAUAAUAAUGAUAAUAAUAAUAAUGAUGAUGAUGAGGAUGAAAAGAAAAAAAAUGGAAAAUAUGAUAUAGGAAAAGAAGAAGAACAUAUAUAUGGACAAGUCAUAAAAGAAGAUAAUAUAAACAUUUUAUACAAUAAUUUGAAUAACAAAAAUGAAAAUAAAAAUAUAAAUUUACACCAUGAUGAUCUUAUAUAUGAUGAAAAAUUGGAAAAAAUGCAAGACAAAAAUAAUAUUGUAAUAAAUAAUCAUGGUCAAAAUAAUUCAUUUGUUGAAACUAAUAUGGAAAAAGAAAAAGAAAAAAAAAAUAUUUUUAGUGAGUCCAAUAGUUAUGAAUUUUUUGGAAUUAAACAAAUAUAUAAAAAUAAUAUUACAAAAAAUGAAAAUAACUUAUAUAAACAAAAUAUAAUGCAAAGUAAUAAUAAUUUAAAAGAACAUAAUAUUGAUGAUGAUGAAUAUUAUAAUAAAAAGGAAUAUGAUUCUCAUUUUCUUGAUAAUGAGAAAAAUAAUUCCUUAAUAAAUUAUGGAAAUAUACAACAAAGUAAAGAAAAAUAUUAUGAAACAAAUAAAUAUCCUAACCAUGUUCAUACGAGUUAUACAUUGGACGAAUUUUUUUGGAAUAAAAAAAAUUAUAACUACUAUGGUCAAAUGAAUAUGAAUAAUAAUAAGACAAGCUUAAGUUUUACAAACAAAAAUAACGAAUCAUUAUUUGAUAACAAAUAUAUAAAUAAAACCUAUAUAAAUAAUUUAACAAAUUCUUAUUGUAAAAAUAAAGAAGAUAAUUAUGAUAUUGGUUAUAACAGUUUUGUAAAUUCUUCUACUUGUAAGUUUUUUGAACCAUCCAAUUUAGGAAAAACAGAAAAAGAAAAAAAGAAUUUUGAUUUGCAAAAUGUAAGAAAUAUUAAAAAAAUAAUAAAUAGUGAUAUAUAUGUUAAUAACCAAUUUGAAAGAAUAAAUAAAAGAAAUAAAAUAGUUAUUAAUAUAAUAGAAAAUUAUUUAAUAGAUAAAACAACAUCUUUACCAUUAUCAAAUGAAAAGGAAAAUAUUUAUAUGAAAAAAAAUUUCCAUAUAGAAAAUAUAUAUAAAAAGAAAAUGUCCAAAAAUUUACCAGGCUUAUAUGAUCAUUAUGCAUUCUUACUUCUUAACCAAAAUAAAUGUGAAGUUAGAUAA